GCCAACGGACAUAUACUCUAUCCUUUCCUGACUCCCGGAGAACAACCGAGCGACUAUCCGGCAAUGAUGACUCCCGUGCGGUAUGGCAUUGCAACUUUAUAUCUAGAAUGUGUUGGCCUGCUACUAUAUUUUGUGGGACGGUCGUCCGGUUUCGGGUAUUACAGUCACAGUGAAAGUAACCAUGGAGACGGGACUAACAAACUUCUUUUGAUUUUGGUGGAUGGUUGUCGAUGGGAUUAUCCGGAUCAGGACAGUGCCGGACUUCCGGGAUUUAGGAAGUUAGCCGAAAAGGGUGUCAGAGCACCUUAUGUCACGCCAAUCUUUCCAGCCAAUUCUUAUCCAAACUGGUAUACUAUCAUGACAGGACUGUACGCAGAGAGCCAUGGCUUUGUACAGAACAUGAUGUACGAUUCUCAUUUCGGCGACUUCUUCCUAAUGGGCCCUAAUGAUACAGCUUCUGUCCCGCAUUGGUGGGACAGUGCAGAGCCCUUGUGGAUUACUGCGGAGAAGAAGGGGCUUCGCUCAGCGCUCUACUGGUGGGAUGGAUGUCAGGUUGAAAUACGUGGCAUGAGGCCUACUUUUUGCCGGAAGUACAAAUACGUCGGAAAUGCAUGGCCCACCGUCAAUGAGGAUACACAAGAAGCUUUAUUAACCGCUCUACAACUGCUAGAGAAUAAUGAAAUACAGUUGGUGCAGAUAUAUUACGAACCUGUUGAUUUCUAUGGUCACAAAUACGGACCUAAUUCGGAAGAGAGAAAAAAAGCAGUUAAAGAUAUCGACAUCCUUUUAGAUUUAGCACAAACGGAAAUGGCUAAUCGUGGACUCUUGAAUAAGGUCAAUAUUGUUGUUUUAUCUGAUCAUGGAAUGACAUCAACAGAUUCUCGAGGGCUGAGCGUCAUCAAUUUAAAUCAACUCAUUGAUAUGGCUGACAUUCGAUACAUGGUCUACUAUGGCGCCACAAGUAUGCUUCUGCCAUAUGAAGGGAAAUUAGAAAAGGUGUAUGAUGCUCUUAAAGGUAUUCCAGGACUGCAAGUAUAUUUAAAAGAAGAAAUACCAGAACAUUAUCAUGUAAAGCACAGUAGAUUAACGUUACCUAUUCUUCUGGUGGCUUCCAAAAACUAUUAUAUUCGCGGACUGGACAUUCCCGGAAAAAGCAUUCCAACAGGGUCAUCCAUAUCAAUGGGCUCUCAUGGGUACGAUCCAUAUGAAGUGCCGGACAUGAGAGGAAUAUUUUUCGCCAGAGGACCGGGCGUGAAAAAGAAUUAUAUUUCCCCUCCUCUUCAAAUGGUAGACAUUUAUGGAAUUUUAUGUGAACUUCUAGGCCUCCAACCGUUGCCAAACAACGGCACGAAAAGUAUAACGAAAGGAAUCGUUGCUCUUCCAUACUCUAGUGCUAAUGAACUUGCACAAUCCAGUAUACGAGUUAUAACUAGUAUUUGUGUGAUUUUAUAUGUAUUUUUACACAAAUAUCUGGGAGGCAUGGCGUGACAGAUCAUAAACUAUCGUUUUUUAUUAUGUUUUUAUUGAAUGCUCGUAUGAGACAUUAUCAAGUGUACAUAUAUAGCAUAUAUGAGUAUACUGUGAAAAUUUGUUAAACUCUGUUGAGCAAUGCGUUUGUUGUGCAAUACGUAAGUUCUAUGUUUCUUUUCUUUUAAUUCAAACCAAGCAGAUAUUAAAAACAGAAUUUUCUUUAAAGAAUAAUAAUGCAGAAACAAAAAUAAUAAAUUAUUAAAAAUAAAUUAUAAAAUUAUAAAAAAUAAACCAAAAUAAUAAUAUAUAAAUAUAAAGAAAAAAGAAUAUAAAAAACAAAUAUAAUGAAAUUAGUUAAGUAUAUAAA